GCUGUAACCCUGCACAAUUCACCUCGUUCUAUACUGUAACAUUGUUUAUUUUUUCAAACGCAUUUGACGAAGAGGAAAAUAGAUUAAACUGGUCGUUUACUUUUACUAACGUUUCUAAACACAAAGGACUGACGUUUUGUAGGUUUACUUUUUGUAGGCAUACUUUUAAAAAUAAUGUCGGAAUACCAGAAAAAUGCGUUGGUCUCUCGAUUCGAAUUUUCAAAUAAUCCUCCUUGAAAAUUCUAUACUGUAACCGGAAAGCGCGAUACUGUAACACGUUCCCUACGGUGAGUAUGAACCGGAACAAAAAAUCAUAACUGUCUUCCCCACAAAAUCAUCCUCAAUCUUGAAAAUUCUAUACUGUAACCGGAAAACGCGAUACUGUAACACGUUCCCUAUGGUGUAUUACAGCCAUGAUGAGAUAGAUGUUAAUAUAAUAAAUAUAUACAGUGUUUACUUAAACAGCUGAAUUAAAAUUUCCAAACAUUUAUGAUAACAUCAAUCAUACAGAUAAUGGGAAAAUGUGGGUUGAAAGUUGCUUCAGUACUAUCUGUUUAAUUCUGUUUUGGAUUUUAACAAAUGUUAAAUGUUGUUCUUCUAAAUUUAAGCGUCACAGGUAGUGUGUGUCUCGUGAAAGUAAAGCUCCGCCCUCUUGAAUUUCCAUUGGUUGAUUGAUUUAUUUUGUAAUGAAAUAUGGAUGUGUCUCUCGCUAUCUUCUGUUUGUUUUAGAUAGUUUAAUGCUUGUUUCCUCAUUUCUGUGUGACAUUGUUCGCCGACGUUGCGUAUUUUUGCGAUAAGGCCGCCAACACUUCCCACUUAGCGCUAAAUCAAAUAUUAGUUUAAUCAUUUAAACUAAAGUUUGCUUUGUUUUUAAUCUUAAUGGUCUAGGUGACAUUUACAUAAUAGAAAAUUCGUUUACAUUUGUGCAUGCCGACAUCUUUAAGAAAGGAACUAUACUGGAUCUAUACAUUGACAACAGGUCUUAAUGAAUGUACAUAGAAAAAUAUUUUGGUAGUUUUUAGACUUUAAAUUAUUUAGAAAAAGAGUUUGUUAUUAAAUUUAGGAGUAAAAGUGUAUAUAUGGAGGGAAUAAAUCUCCAUCUACCUUCUGUCAUUCCGGAUUCAUACUACGAUAUUUCAACCCAUAAUGCUGCGUAUCACCCAUGCAUAAAUGCAACAAAUUCUUCAUGGACUUCUCGAGAAGAUAGAGUGCGUGCUUACCAACCACUAAACAACGAGUUUGAACCUGAGACACGGUAUCCGACUGGUAACACGGGACGACAUGGUUGUCAGCUGGAAUCUGUCGAUCAAGUCAAUCAUGGGGACGAUAGAAAUCCGAAUACUCUUCAAGAAGAUUGGCAUGAAGAAGAAAGAAAAGACGAUGAUGAAAAAGUUACAGAGAAAUCUGCACCUCGCCAGUCGCAGGUUGCCGUUACAUUACAAUGGUUGUCGGAAAAUUAUGAGAAAGCUGAUGGCGUCUGUUUGCCAAGAUGUGUUUUAUACCAACAUUAUCUAGAUUUCUGUAAAAAAAUGAAAUUUACUCCAGCGGGUGCAGCUACGUUCGGAAAGAUCAUACGUCAGAGAUUUCCAAAGCUGACAACAAGACGUCUAGGAACACGUGGGCAAUCAAAAUAUCACUAUUACGGUAUUGGCAUCAAGGAGACGUCAAUAUACUAUCACUCUGUUUAUUCCGGAAAAGGAUUAACAAGGAUUUCUGGAAUCAAGUUAAAGACAGAG